AUGGACAGUACUCAUGUUGGUUCUGAUGGAAAUAAGGAAGAAAGUUUGUCUCACUACUCCAUUGUUAAGAAAUUGAAGGGAUGUGGUGAUCAGUCUCCAAGAGCAGAAUUGCCAUCUGAUCCUCUAGGUCCAAUCACACCUGAUUCCACCCAAGAAGGUGGCGACCACGUAGAUGGGUGUUGUUCACCAGUUUGGUCUUCUCUUCACAGGACUCGUUAUUGCUUUAAUUCUCAACUUUUUGGUGACAUGGUUUAUACAAAUGAAGGAAGUCGACAGACUCCCAAGGGGUUUGGGUUUGAUCCAUUUGCUCCUGGACCAGAUGAACUAAUGCUUGCCCCACAAUGUAAAAAGUAUUUUACAGAUUCACGAGCCAAAGUGACACGUCAGCUUAACUUUGAGGAGACUUUGAAUUUCAAUGAAAAUGUUGAUCACUUGGACAAUGUGGGAACGGUGUCUGAGGAUGAGAUGUUAUUUGAAAUGUUGUACAAUUCUCUCCUACAAGUUAUUACCUCAGAACAGAAUGAGGAUCAUCAUUCGAAAGCCUCAACUCCACUUUCAGAUUCUGAUGGAUACAAGACACCUACCUAUGCACCUCACCUUAGUGGAGUUUCUGAUACUUGCCCUGGUGCUCCUAUGAAGCCUGCAAGUCGUUAUAAAAGAAUUGACAAAGGAUUAUGCAAAAAGCUUAUAUUUUGAUUAUAUUUAUGUUGCAACUAUGUGAAGGAAUAUGGGUUCUCUGCCGGAGAUUGAUUCUAGUACAUGACAACCUCACUCAUUUUCAGUGUGGUGGCUAACCUCGAACUUGGAUGUCAUAGAGCAUUAACAUAGUGUUUAGGUUGUUGAAAUCAUGACUGCUACUUUUAAUUCUAGGAGUUUUAUGUACUAAUUAUGUAGAAUUUAAUCAGUAUUGAGUGACUGUACUCUUGUAUCAGUAUAAUGUAUAGGCUUUUGUUGCAACUUCUGAUGUGGACAAAAGUCUCUAUUUAAUUUGAUAGUUGAU